AUGGGUCUCGGCGUCGAGCGUUUCACCACUCAGCUUCCCGAACACCUCCACUGCUUCGUCUGUCUCGAUGUCUCCUACCCUCCCGUCAUCGUCUGCGCUCUCGAGCACCAGAUGUGCGAGAGCUGCGCGACCGAGUUGCGCAAGUCCUCGAGCAAAGGCAAGUGUCCCAUGUGCGCGCAGACGAUGCUUGAUCCGGUGCGGACGUCGGGGGUGCUCAAGCGCGCGAUUGAGGACUACGAAGUCACCUGCCGCUACACCGGCUGCAAGUGGGUCGGCUGCCUUCUCGACGAACCGACGCACGCAAAAUCGUGCGACUUCCGAGAGAUCCCGUGCGCGUUGUGCAAGACGCCCUACCAGCACUCACGCAGCGUCCAACACAUGUUGGUCUGCCCUGAAGAGGUCGUCCUGUGUCCGCAAGGUGGGAAACGGUGUGCGCGGAAGAAGCGUUGCGAGUUGGAGAAGCACCUCAGCGACUUUUGCGGGCAGUGGCAGUGCCGCGUCGUCCAGGGCUGCGACACCCGAACCAGCCUUGCGAACCUUCCCGCUCACGAGAAGACCUGCGCCGACGCUGCCGCCCGGAUUGCCAAGCUCGAAGAAGCCCUCUCGGGACGUAACGAGACCCUCGCAACCAUCCUCACCGAACUUCGCGCCAAGCUCGACUCGCUCGACCCGACGAGACACGCCUCUCCACCCAGGUUCGACUGGCCAGCGGGUCAACCCGCCGAGCGUACCGUCUCGACGUGCACCCUCGUCAAGCAGCUACUCACUCGGGCGACCAAGCGGCGUCACAGGCGUGCGACACUCGCUGCGACGGCACUUCUCGCCAAACCGCUUCCUUCGCCCCACGUCGCCGUCCUCCAGGAGUCUGCGCCAGCCUCUCCGCCCGCUCCAGCGCUAGCGUAG